AUGUCGCAAUUAAUUCCACAAAUUUCCUUUUUGGAAAGUAGACGUUUAACUGAUGAAGGUAUAUCAAAUAUACCUCCUCCACCUCCAAAACCGGAGAAGGAAUCAAAUUUUAUAACAUAUCUUACGAAAAAAAAGCAUAAACGGGAAGCCGCGUCUCGCGAGGUUCGUGCUUCUGCUGUUGAACUUAUAACUAUAAAUAGUUUAAAAGAAGAAAUACAACAGCGUGAAGCUACGCUGGUCACCUUGGAUAAAAGACUUAAAGGUUUGGAGUCAGAAAAAGAACGUGCCAAUAAGGAAUUAGCUGAAGCACAAUCACAAUUCAAAGAGUAUGAUCAAGAGGUCAGUGACCUUGGAAACUUACUCAUUGAACGUGAGCAAACAAUAGAGAAGUUGAACGAAAUAGUAAAUAAAUUAAAAAAAGAAAAGAGUAUUUUACAAUCUGAGUUGGAUAAAGCCAAAUCAGAUCUUAAAGCUUCAAAAUCAGUACUUAAAGUUCGUGAAGGUGAAAUAAGAGAAUUAAAUUUUUCACUACUUGAAUGUGCUCAUGAUUUACAAGCUGCUAAAACUGAUCUUGCUGCAACAACAAGUGAAAGGGAUCAUGCAAUUAGUGAAAUACAACAUCAAAUUAAAGAACGAGAGAAACUUGUUCAAACACAUUCAAACCAAAUAUUAUCUCUUCAACAAGAUCUUGAUUCAGCUCAACAGGAUUUACGCAACGCACGAGAUGAAUUAGAAUCAACGCAAACUAUGUGUAGUGCUGAAAUUGAUGCAACGCAGGCUAUGUGCACGGCUGAAUUAGAAGCAACAAAAGCAAAAUGUGCAGCAGAAUUAGGCGUAAUAAGAGCAAAAUACGCCGCUGAACUCCAUUCCACCAAGGAAGAACAUGCGGAUGAACUCGAGGCUACUAAAGCCCAACUUUCCUUUUUCAAAUCACAACUUGAUUCGACAAAAGCACAACUUUCCUUUACAAAAUCAAAACUUGAAUGGGCAAAGGCAGAUCUUUCCUCAAUUAAGUCAUUGCUGGAUUCGGCCAAAUCUGACCUUGCUGCUACAACUAAUAAAUACAAACGAACAGUGACUGAAUUGGAAUCCACUAAAGAAGAAAUAAAUGAAUAUACGAAUAUGAUGGAAUUUAGAGAAGGUGUUACCUCGUUAAUAAUAUCAGUUUAUCAAGAAGAUAUACGAAACGAAAAAGAACGAAGUAACUCUGAACUUGAGGAUACACAAGAUCAAUUGAACAAGAUAAAAGCUACCUAUGAAAAAGAAAAGAAAGCAAAUGCAAAAACCAUAAAACAAUUGACAAAUCAAGUUCAAAACUUAACUAAUUCACAAGUUCAAGAAAAAGCCAAAACGUAUCAACUUGAAAGUGAAAAUGUCAAAGUACGAAAACAACUUGAACAAACGAAAACACAAGCCGAUGAAUAUGAACUAAUGAAAGAAGAAAUCGCUCGAUUACAAUCAGAAAAUGUAGCAUUAAGGGCUGCAAAAAGACAUGAAAUGAUAAGUGAAACACCUAAACCUCGUCCUGUAUCUAUCCUAUCUACACCACCAGAAUCCCCAUGUAAUUCACGACCAGGUAGUGACUUAUAUAAUGCAAUGAAUGAAAGUAUACCGGAACAUCCUGAAGAUAGUAUAGAUGGAUCAUUAGUUAACAAUGAAUGGGUUACAGUUAAGAAACGAGGCAGUAAAGGAAAACGAGGUUCUGGUAGAUCACGUGUUGGGUCUCGAGUCCUGAAAGCUUUCAGCGGCACAGUAUUAGCUGAAUUGAAUGAUUUCGAAAUUGAAUCCCUUCUAACGACGAAGAUUAAAAUCCCCAUCGAUUCUGAAAAAAUUCGUGAAUUCGGAAAAUUUGACUUGUCAAAACAGGAUGAAUUUAUUGAAUUAUUGAUAAACAAUCUCAAUAGGGAUUUACCAGAGAAAUCGCUUUCUCAACUUUCUACAAUUUUAACGCUUUUCACCAUGCGACCAAUUUCGUUUCUCUUAACUGGUCACAUGUCACCAUUCUAUGAGCUUAAUAGAAAAGAUCGAGAAAUUGUCAUGCAAAAAUGGUCAAAAAGUAAUUCAAUCUUUUUUAGAAGUCUUUUUAAAGUUAAUAGUUUGAUACUAGCGACAUUUUGGUCAAGUGAGAAUUCAAGUAUCUUUAAUUCAACAAUUGGAUAUCCUGGACCUGAUCCUCGAAUGAAUAGUCAACUCUUUACUGAUAACAAAAAUAAAUUUCCAAUUUAUGAUUUUAUUCAAGUUCCACCUGAAGGAUUGGAAUUACAAUUUGAUGUAGUGGUGGUUGGUUCAGGAGCGGGAGGAGGUGUAAUAGCAGCUCAAUUGGCUAAAGCUGGAUAUAAAGUUUUAGUGAUCGAGAAAGGAAAAUAUUAUCAUCAGA